AACUGCCGUUUUCCUUAGAUAGGAUGUGAAGAAAACAUAGGAUAGAGGCCGGUGAAACACGGACACGGGCAAAGACGAGGCUGGGCGUAGUAUGUGGGCCCAUUUGGUCCAAGAUCGAGCAGGGUCCCACCGCCGUCCCUGCCUUCUUCUCCUCCGUCAUUUCUCUGCCGUGCAAGCUCGCUGCAAAUCUGUCUUCCACACCGUCGCCGGCUUUCCCUUUUCAGUCCCCGCGGCCGCCUCGCCAUGCUGCGCGCCCCGACACGCCCCUCGUCACUGCACAGUCCAGGACAGUGAGCGCAGGCAUGUCGCGAACGAUCACUGGCACGACGGAGGAUGUGACGCCGUGGGAGCUCUAUCCAGCCCCAGGCGAUGAUGCCUCGUCUUGGACAGGCGCACCGUUGACGACGCCAGCAGCAGCACCCAGCGCUGCCAGGAGCACGGGUGGCAACUCUUCAAGACCUUCAAGUUCGUCCGGGCGCGUCUUCGCAGGCGGAUUUGUUCACAGGCAUAGAUCUAUUGGGAGCAAGACAGUCAAGCCACCGGUCGACAUGGGGAACGCUACAUCAGAAUCCAAGUCCCAUUAUUCACUCUCAUCAGAUGCAGCGGCGCGUUCAGCCACCCUGCCUCAUGUGCUCUCUGCUUCAGUCACUACCAAGCCUGCAUCUUCUGUCCAUCAUGUAAACUUUCCCUUUUACAUUCUUCCCUCCGAGGCCGCUCCCAGAAAACCUCGUCUUUCAGAUAGGGAAAAUAAAUUCUCUACAGCAGAUCGGACGGUCCUUGAGGAGCUUAGGCGAAGCAUCAGCACACGAGAUGCGCAGUUCGUUGUAAAAGGGGGUAUCACAAAAUCGUGGGGUGCGGAUGGUGUCGGUUCAAUUGGUGGGAGAAGACAUCAUCCAUUCAAUAGAGAUCAGGUUCCCUAUCCUCGGUGUUAUGAAAAGGACAUAUUGGAUUUAGAUAUAUGGGAAACCUCGGUAUGCUACCAGAUAUGCGAGAGCAAUACUUGGCACGUCUUCGAGAAACCUCCAUCCAAAGCCCUGGAUAUUGGGUGCGGCACUGGCGCGUGGAUACUUAAUUGCGCCCGAUCUUGGAAAGAUUGCCAUUUUGUUGGACUGGACUGCGUCCCGCUUCAUCCUGAUCUUCAGAGGAUUGGCUCCAGCGAUCUUACGCAGCGCAUUACAUGGACUCAGGCCAAUUUUCUGGAAUCUUUGCCCUUCCCUAAUGAUGAAUUUGAUUAUGUCCAUAUCAAGCGAAUCGCCCUGGGUGUUCCAGAGGACAAGUGGGACAAUCUUUUCGAAGAAAUCGUCCGUGUAAUGAAGCCGGGCGGUGCUUUUGAGAUGAUAGAGGAAGACCUGUUCUUCCCCGGUCACAGCCCAGAUGAGGCUGACGAUAAUUGCGACCCUGGUUUAGAACCGCAGACAUCUGAAGACCGACACCACCGACCAUAUUCGCGUAGGCUGUCUAGAAGCUCACUGCCUGCUCGAAGUCCAAGCGCAGACCGUUUUAUGAGUAAUGCUGCAGAUCUAAUGUUGUCAGGUGGUACCAAGGCAGAAGACCUAUCCUCACUUUCGACGGCUUGCCCUAGUCUACUGGCAACGGCCAGUACAGGUGGUACAGGUCCCAACUCACCUAUGACGCCUCCAAGCGCGUCUUUACCUCUUCCUCUUGUCCCUGUACCCGGCACAACCAUUGCCGAAGAUGACAGAGAGAAACGUGAUACACUCUCCGGUACAAUCAUCCAAGUCACUGAUUCCCAUGGAACCCCCAAGUCCAUCUCAAUGUCGAAUAAACCUUCUUCGAUACGCUUUAAGCAGCGUCUGAAUCGAUCUCUGGAGAACCUAUUGGAUUCGAGUACUUUCAAAUAUAUUCCGCAGAGCAUGCAAACGGAGUCUUCCGUAUCACUAAGUUCAACAGAAACUAAUAGUCCAAGGUCUGGCACUCGAGCACUACGAUCACCGACUAGCCGAAAUAUGGCGUCGAAGAGCAACGUCUCAUCAUUCUUAACGAUGCCAGAGCUUAAAGCUCCCGCGAAUCCCAGAGAUCACCUGUUGCUACAGACCAUAUACAACGGAAUGCAGGCAUCGAGAUUCAUCAAUCUUUCCCCACUCUCGUUAUUGCCAAACCUGCUAGGAAUCUAUUUCAGAGAUGUGCGCACACACCCCCCAAUCAUGUUUGCUUUUCCGCCAUUGGCAGCGAAGCAGGCUCAACAUGAGGACCACGAUUCCUGUUCGGAACAUGAACAUGACUCUGACCCAGAUGAAGAAGCCCGUAAUGCAAUCAACCCCUUCCCCGCGCGACCGCCGCCCCCGCCAAGUGACCAAAGGCGGGGACGAUCCGGCGCCACCAAUAAUGUCCUCGGUGAAGACCGAUGGAUUUCUGUUCAGAACUUACUCCAUAAGACCUCGAAAUAUGUUUCUCUUGAUAACUCUAAAACAGCUGGACUUACACCCCGUUCGGCAAAGUCGAAACCGAUGAAUAAAGCCCUAUCAUCAGAUACACCCUCUGUACUUCCAAAAAAAAUUCCGACAAAUCGUCUGCCGAACACUAAGCUGCACAUUGACUUGCGCACGCUGAAUCUUCACGUCGCUUUACGAACUGCCGAGAUUCUGGGGUGCUCCGAAGCGAUGUGGGAGUGGGUAUUGGAGUCUCAGCGCGAAGCACGUCGGAAAAGACGAGAUUCAGAUGCUGCUUCAAAGAAAAGGUCUAGGUCUGUCGAUGCUAUACGGCAUUUGAGAGAAGCGACUGUCGAACAGGAUCCGAAUGAUCCCAAAGCCAUGAUCGAAGACAUGACACGAGAGGAAUUUGAAGCGCUAUUGGUUCGCUUUCAUAUGUGCGUUAAUUUACCAUUACUGAAGCCCGUUUCUCACUGCAUGCUGUUUUAGGGAUAUGCAGGACCACAUGGCUCUUGGCACCCAAAUCGAACGGCGGUUCCAUUGGAUGUGUAUCCCUGGGGCUGUUACCGCGGAACGCAAGAAUUUCGACUCUGCGUGGGAGAAAAGGCUCCAGUGGGAGGAAGAGCAGAGGCUUUCAAACGUUCGAGUAACCAGGAAUUCGGAGCAGGAGUCGCAGCUAUUUGUGUCUCGGGGACAGGAAGAUACUAACAGACCUAGUUCAAUGCUGCGUUCGGUGUCACAAGGAUCUGAAUCGACGGCAUCCUCGUGUAGUCCAUCGACGAUGACCGUGGGAAGGAUUAGUCGGUCAAUUGGUGUGUUUGUGGCUUGGAAAUCUGCAGACGGAUGUAAGGUGGCAUCAAGCAUAUUUUUAU